GAUAUGUGAAUAUGAAACAUGUAGUUUAAAACAAAAUCAUCUGGAGUUGUGGUAUCUGGUACAUAUCUGGAGUUUUAUUGAUAGAGCAUUUGAAGACAUUGAUGGAAUUGAAGCUGAAAGAGGACUUAAAACCCCCAAAAUGAUGAAAGAUAUUUUUGACCAACUUUGUGUCAUAAUGGAUCAUGAUGAAAAGAAGAUCAGAGUACUUGAAUCUAUUGGAUUUAUUCAUGCUGGUCCAGCUUCAAUACCUGCAAGGAUCUAUUUCAAGUUAUCCACCUACAAAUCAAGAACAAUCAAAGCACUACUUGAUAACACACCACAGAGCAAAAGAACAAAAGAAAUUCCAUUAAAUCAACUGUCACCACCAAUUCCAUUCAUACUGUCAAAUGAUGAUGAUGAUACAGAUAAAGAGAAUGAACAUUUGGAAAUAGUUUAA